UGUUCGACAGUAAGGACAUCCACACAGGAGUGAAGAUUGCUGAAAACUUAAAGUUUUUUCCCAAGCGUUGUGUUUUUUUGAUCUGACCAAAGGUUACGGGUCAAAAUGGUUGAGAAUUUCGGUACAAGUUUAAUGGAGGCUCCAGGUUAGUGAAAUUCGGGGUGAACUAUACCCAACAGCCAAAUCAGAUAUGAACUGUGCCAAGGACCGCUCCCAUAAAUCAUAAACUAAUCAUCUCGGCAGAGAGCAAUCGGGAAGAAGAAUGAUUACGGCGAAAACGAAUACUGAUUGUGCAAUAUCGAGUUAUUGUGAUAGAAAACCAAUCAGUAAAAAAAUUAAUAAAGAAACGUGGUAGCUUCAUUCCGAACGAUUAAAAAAAAGCCAGAACAUGAUGAGUUUUCCAUAAAAUUCGUACAGUACGGAUGGUGCAGUAGUCGAUUGAUUUUUUUUUGUUCGAACUUACCAGUGGUCCACCAGCGAGUGCUGAUGGCAGAAAGUGGUACGAAAGUGUUAAGUCAUCGGUCCUGUCCUAAGUGCAGUGGGGGAAACGACCAGUGAAUGAGAAAUGCGAGAAGCUUGAAGAUUGAAAUAAAAUGGCUUGUGACUGGGUAAUGGGAUUUUCGCGGAUGGAACAUAUGCAAGUUGGCAUCCAAAACUUGGCCGAGGUGUGAAACAAUUGGACCGUGGAUUGCGGGCGGCGAUCUGGUGACAGUAAGGACAUUAAGAAAGCAGGCAAAGAGAGGAAGCAGAACUGAAAGAAACGUUUAAAAGCGACUGAACGAGAAGGCAAAGGUCAUACGCACUUGGAAUAGAAUCGCGAAAGCUUGAUACGAAGACGACGAGGACGAAAUCGAAGCUAGAAAUAUCGAAUCUCUUAGUGAAUGUGUUCUGGAGGACUGAUCUAAUCGCGGAAUACUGGUGCAAAUAUUAUUACAACUACUUAACGUGCUUAAAUAGAAUUUACAAUUAGUAUCUGCUUUGAGUGUUCGAAACUAGUUGUUAUCGCUUAUCAAUGAUGAAACUAAUCUAAUGGCAAGUAAAUUUCUGUGAGUUACUGAGGAAAUCGACAUAAUACAAAAUAAUAUUCUAUGGCCGAGUCAAAGUUCAAGGAAACCCAGAACAUGAAAGGGAGAAAAAUAAUGUCAACCCAUGAUUUGCCACAAUACUCGGUCUCAUGGAAUUUUCUCACGGAAAAAUCUGCCCCCGCCGCCCAUUUCGCAGUUUACCCAUGCAUGUCCACCUGUCUGAGAACAGUGUAACGACAGAAGGAGAGUACCCUUUGUAACGAGAGCGAGAGAGAGAGUAUUUUCAUACCACCACAAUUACUUCCGAUAAGACAGCUUAAGAAAUUACUGUGAGUUGGUGAUUUGUUCGAGUGGUGAGAAAAUUGUCCUCCCGAGCUCAUCGAUCAUUCCGUAGUAGUCGUAGUAGUUAUGAACGAAUACAUCACUGUUCAGUGUCACUGUCACUUUAUUGCGAAAUUGUGUGGUUGUGAGCUUGACCACAGAAAAGUAUAAAACAACGAUGAUAGCUGCAUCAUGAACUUUCAAGAUGCAACAAACGGAAAAAAAUCGUAGAAGGCGAGAAGUGGAUGUCAAAUAAUAAAUGUAUUUCGGAAAAGGCUCCCGAGUGCAUGUGAUUGUUUUUCACUGUUUUCAAUCAGCGCUUGGUUGGAUGAGUGCAUGGAUAUGGAAUGUGCUACCGAAAGCUUUUUCGUUGGUGCGGGCAAAGGAAGAACCAAAUUUUGGCGCAAGUGAGGAGUGAUGUUUGUAGUACUACAAUGAUGGCCGAUAGUGAAAAAUAAUAAAAAAUUCGGGAAAGGAUGAAGUGUGGUGAGCAGGCAUAAUAAACUUCUACAUUAUUGGAUUUGGAACGACUACUAGUGGAUUGUGUGUAUAGAUGAGAAAACAAGGAAGAAAGCAAGAAGCUGUGCACCGUACUGCUGUGCGAGGGAAGUUAUAAAUAGUGAAUACGAAAUUGGAGUCUAUAAAUAAUCUGAAGUACCGAGGAAGAAUAUAUAUAUUGAAAAAUUGAAGAACUACGGAGAAAGUCCGACAUGAGUUAGAGCACUGGGAUGCGUGAUGGAUUUUCCACAGGUUGAGGAUAAUAGUUUACAUUUCGGAAUACGUUAGCGGAAAAGGUGUGCGGAAAUGCGCUUAGGGGGCGCCCCCGGUGGCGGAGACCCCCUAGCGAUGGGUGGCGGGAACGAUUAUGCCGAGCUGUGCGACCUGGGCCCGUCCCGGUGGAGCUCCAGGAGCGGCUACCAACAGGUCUCACCGCCGGUCAAUUCGAUCUACCACCACACUGGCGGCAGUAUUGUUGGUGUCGGCGGCGGCGGCGUCGGUGGAUCCUUGACCGGCGGUGGUCCCAGCAGCGGUGUCGGUGUCGGCCACGGAAGUCUUGGCGGGGGCAGCUCCGGUAUUGGAGGCCACGGAACCACCGGUGGCCACGGGACCACGAUGCGCUCCAACAGUUUCGAGGCCGAGGACGUGAUUGGCCCGUACGGCAGCUCCCGGAUCGGCAACAGCACAAGCUCCCUGCGCGGACGUUCAGGUUUAUAUUAUUCACCACCCGGUACUUCAUAUACAAUAGUAGAAAGAGAAAGACCACACUCUCCUCAUUAUUAUUAUAACACAGCUGGUGUCCCUUCCAAAGGAGGUUCAUUGCCAAGUAGAAGUAGUUAUUUAGACUCAGCUAGUUUAGGUGUUUCAACUGGUGCAGGUACAGUUCCAAAUUCUACCAGACAUAAUGGUAAGAAGCGACCUAUCUCACCAGAGCAGGUCCUAAGAAUGUUUAACACAACAAGUUCGUCUUCUUCAGUUCCUACUAGUUAUCAUAGUAAUGGCACGCGAGAUCGUGGCCGUCGCAGUCCGGCCAGCAGCCCGCCAUCUACCACCCACCAGAUCUAUCGAGAUCGGGAUCGGGAUCGAAGCAUACCGAAUAUUCACACGCUCACAACGCGUACGGUUAAUAUGUCUCGUGAUCAGCAAACCGACGCUAGUCACGGAUUCGGCAUCUGCGUCAAAGGUGGCAAGGACUCAGGUGAGUGUGUUGGUGUGUAUAUAUCGCGGAUAGAGGAAGGAUCGUUAGCCGAACGGGCCGGUUUGAGGCCCGGUGACACGAUACUGGAAGUGAACGGAACACCGUUUACAUCCAUCAAUCACGAGGAAGCGCUCAAGAGAUGUGUGCAGAUCCUGAAAUCGUCGCGUCAAAUCAGCAUGACGGUCCGGGCCCCUCCGUCGGCAGCGGCUUCGAUGAUCAACUCCACCGCCCCGCUGCACGGUUUCGGGCCACCUCCCAGCGUGGUUGGCAGUACCAGUCGACUAGCCGCUGCUGUUGCCGAUCCACUAGGAGGUGCCUCACUUGUCGGCGUCGGUCCGGGAUCCACCGUCGGCUCGGUAGGAGGCCCGAUUGGAGUUUACCCACCGCCACCGAACCGGCAAACCUGCUCCUGGAUGGACCGCCAGGGACGACCUGCCUCGCCACCGUACGAUUACGGUGGCCGCCGGCCGGAACGAAGGGAUCGAGUUCGGCGAGUUGACCUAGUGAUAGAGCCCGGCCAAUCCCUUGGACUGAUGAUACGGGGUGGCGUUGAAUACGGGCUGGGGAUUUUUAUCACCGGUGUCGACAAGGAUAGCGUUGCGGACCGGGCAGGACUGAUGGUCGGCGAUCAGAUCCUCGAAGUGAAUAAUCAAUCAUUCAUGGAUGUGACCCAUGACGAGGCUGUUAGUCAAUUUAAGUUCCACAAACGGAUGUCGCUGCUGGUGCGGGACGUCGGAAAAGUGCCACACUCAUGUACCACCGUUGAACCAGAACCGUGGGAUGCCUACAGUCCGACAGGAGUGAGAACUCGCCGGAAAUGUCCGGUGUCAGCAAUGGUGGAAGAAAAAGCCAGAUCCCUAUUACCUCGCCAUCAUUUUGCUAACCUAUCGUAUUAUAUAGCGGAAUAUGGUGCUAGAGGAAUGACCAUAGAGGCCUUUGUAUCUGUUUUAUUAGAAAUGUUAGAUACACCCGAGAAGCAUACUUUAGUAACAGAAAUAAGAGAAUUAAUUUUCCCUGAAGAUAGAACGCGGUAUGACGAACUUGUAUAUAGGAGAGGGAGAGACAUUUACGGUGAUCCACUAGAUAGGCAUAGGAGAAAAGAUCAUUUACCUCAUUCGCAUGACCUACCGGUUUCCGAUACGGAUCUGGAGGUAAUCGAAGCAACGGGAAGAUCUCUUGUGGAUGACUCUGGUGCGGCAAAAUCAACGGUGACGACAGUGAAAGGAACCUUCCCGGAUAUUCGCAAUCGCCCGCCAGCACCACUACCAUACCGCCCUCUCUCGGCUGGACCAAUCCUUCAUCACCAUCCACCAUCCUCAUCAUCAUCGCGUCAUAUGACGGAACUAGGGCCAGGGGGAACGCCAAACCGGGGUAGUUUCGGUUACGGAAUCACCGCCACUUCACCCCCCGCUGGUGGUGUCCUAGGGUUGAACCCUCUGUAUCACCCGAACCGCCAGAAAAUUUCUUCGUCGUCUAGCGAUGUUGUCAAACAGUUGAAGAAUAAGGAUUACAAUGAUCCAUCGCGACCAAGGAGAGGCAGUGAAACUCAGCUGUCAAGGGCGGAUUACGACUCGUCGAUGCAGCGGCUUCCGAUGGACCAGAAUGGCUCAUCGAUGGAGCAAAGCCAAGACCAGCCACCACAUAUAGUACCUGACCAUAGAGGAAACCUACACAUCACGGUGAAAAAAUCGAAACCCAUUCUUGGCAUCGCGAUAGAGGGCGGAGCCAACACCAAGCAUCCACUGCCACGGAUCAUCAACAUACAUGAGCACGGGGCAGCGUACGAUGCUGGUGGUCUAGAAGUAGGACAGCUGAUACUGGAGGUCGACGGUAACAAAGUCGAAGGAAUGCAUCAUCAGGACGUCGCCCGACUGAUAGCGGAGUGCUUCGCCGCACGCGACAAAAAUGACAUUACGUUUCUAGUAGUAGAAGCUAAAAAAUCAAACCUAGAACCGAAACCAACAGCAUUAAUAUUUUUAGAAGCAUAGCAUUUGCUAUCCCUGCCGGCUAGCGAUCCGGAUAAUUCUGAAGUGCCAGAAAAAGGGAUCGACCUUACCGCUGAUAAAUUACAGUAAGUUUUAUUUUCUCCUUCAUUUAAUUAUUAGUGUCACUUCGAUCUGUUCGUUUCGUUCACUAAGCCGUUUGAUUUGUCCUAAACAAAUAUUAAUGUGCUUAUUUAUAGUUUUCAAUGUUCCUACUGUGGAAAAGAUUGUGGGACUUUUGAAUGGUCCCAAACAUAGAAUUAGUCGAAUGUCCUGCAAACCUUUCCGCUGCUUAACUCUAAGUUUAUUUCAAAGUCGAAAAUAGCAUUAUGACACACAACUAAAUAUGACAAAUUGUAAAGACUUAGCUGCAAGUAAUAUAAAAGGUGUUGUAAUUUAGAGAGUGAUAUUCGUAAAAGUUUAUUCGGACAAACGUUACAAAUACUAAGCAAAAGAUGUACAAUUACACUGCCGUAAUUAUAGAUGUUGACACUCUUGUUGAGGGAAUGAGAAAAAAAGCUACUUCUCUGUCUCUCUGUUAUGAAUGUGCCCAGAUAAUUUCAAACAGCGCCGAUUUUUUUUUCAAUCUUUGCAUAAUCUACGAAUAAUCUACAAUUUGUUUCUUUCAAUGUGAAAAAAACACAAUAUUCGUAAAGUACUCGCGAAAACAAAACACUAAUGCUGUUUUUAACUGCUUCCGUUAUGAGUUUAUUAGUUUCGUUCACCCAAAUGUAUUAUUUACUAUUUUCAGUUAACAAAACAAAAAAAACAAUCAGCAGAAGAGAAGAAAAUGAAUUCUUUAUUCGCGGUAAUUCAGAGAUAUUCUAGCCGUCAGGGAUGUUAAACCAGGUUAUUAAUAACGAACAAAUAACACUACCAAACCAAGUAAAAAACUAAAUAACAACUUAUACAAUCCGAAGAAAAGCUUACAGAGCAAAUCAUCAUUCCACACCAAACUAGAUUUUCAUAGAAAACAAAACAUCUCAACGAAUUUAAGUGAUCUAACAAACUAACAUCGCGCGGGUAGGUAAAUACUGAUAACCUGUUCUGAGGUAACGGUUGUGUAACGGUCGCUUGACAGUUCGAAGCUGCGCGUUCCAGAAUGCCAAACAAAGAAUCUCAAUUGCUCACUGCAUUGUUGCAUACGAGAUAACGCUAAACAAAUAAUAAAGGAAGAGAAAAAAAGAAAAAGAAGAGCUACAGACGAAGCCAAGCGAACCGCGAUUACUGAGAGUAAUAAGUAGAAAUACACAAAACAACUGCAAUAACUUGUGAGUUUCAAUCCAAGGAGAACAAGAAAUAGAACAAAAAGCCAUUUGUUAUUUGUUGACUCGUGGUUAAGUGCUGUUACUAUACAUACUAUUGUUAUUAGCUAAGCUCGAGGUUUUCACCGACGAUUUGCAAAAUCGCAUGCUGGAAAAUACCGUCCCUGGUGAAAUCGUAGCCGGACAGUCCAUGUUCCAGAUGUGUAGGCUUGUGCUGUAAACUGCGAAAAAUAUUUCGAUUGGUAAACUACGCUUUCAUUACUCGUGUGGUACUAGCGAAAACACGAGAAUUUACACUCCACACACUGAACACAGGACUGGUGCACGGCAAACAAGUCUGAUCGUCUGUUCCCUACGAUUGAAGCGAAAUCCUUCUGGUUCCUUUUGUCUUUCUCGGCUACGUUAUGCCAUUUUAGUUUCCAGUUCAAGAAAAAUAUUCUUAAUUCGGUACUAUUUGUGCGAGGUACCAAAUACAUGACAAACUUAAUCAACUUAAUUCAAUGACAUAGUUCUUUUUAAUUAAACAAUUUUCAAUUGGAUUAUAACAAAAGUAACAGUAACAGUAACAGCCUAAAGUUAUUGUUCCAUUACUUCCUUAAGCUUUUCAUUGUUUGAAUGUUUACCUAUUUGAUUGGUUUUCAGCCUAUCUACAACAUUCUUCACAUUCAAAUUUUAUCGAAUCUUUUCAUCGAUCGAAAAGCUGAUAUUUUUUUGAUUCAAAUAUUUAUUUAUUCUUUGUUAUAAUUGCUCUUUUGGCACAAGAAACCAACAUGAGAAAGGUAAUGAUACAAGCGUGUCGUAUGUUAGAGCCCCGACCAGGAAGGAUUCUUAGUGUCUGUAGGAUUGUACAUUAGCCAUGCAAUUGUUCUAUACGCUAGGAAUAGAAUGCGAAGUCUGUUGAAACAGAAGGUCAAAUUUCACCAACGAAAUGUAAAAUUGUUAUACUGGUAGUAUUGAAGGCUUCUUAACUUUCAAGGACAUAUGGAAACUAAGAAUUAGCCUAGCUUUCAGUGGGAAUAAUACAAAAGUGUAGAAUAUUUAAUCGUCAGUAUUAGACUAACACAAUAGUAUUCUCAACAUUGACCAUCUAGCGAUUGUAAGCUAACUGGCGCACCUUCUUGAGGAUGUUCUUCAUUAGAUUUCGCGACAGAUUUAUUGGAAAUAAGUUUUGACACUUUCUUCCAGUAUUUUCUAACUAUUGGAUGAUUUCGUCAAUGCCCAACAUUCUUCAACGGGUCGAAUUUUCAGACAAUAACCCAAUAAUGUUUUUAUAACGAAACUAACCCUUUCAAUAGUAUUCUUCCGUUUAUUUCGCGUAACAUCAAGACAUUAAAAAGACAGUAGGUUUCUUAUGGCUUCGAAUCAUUGGUGGAAGUAUUUUUUGAAAAUCUUAAUUGCUAUAUAUUUCGCUGUUCAUCGAAGCAGUUGUGAAAAAUGCUUCUUGCUUCGGCCUGCGCUUCUGCUUCUAAUGAGUUCAAACGUUCUAACCUAUUUUUACCAUGAAAAUUAUUUGACUUCGAAGCGUUAGUUAUUUGGCCACUUUCCGCACCGAAACCUUUUUCUCCUGUUCGGACUCUUUUAGUAUAUGUUUAUCCAAACGAAAAUUUGUAUAACCUUUUGCUCAACUCGUUUUCGGCUUAUCCUGAAAGGUUGAAUUGAUUUACAGAUUUGUACCAUUUUCCUCGGAAUAUUUUUCCAUGUGAGCGUACAAAAGUAUUUAACGUUUUUUUUUUCAUUUGACUCAGCGCACUUCUUGGCCGAAGCAUCCACACAAAUUCCCAAUUCAUAGGAUGUUAUCAAAACAUUUGAAAGUGGUACUAUACGUUUGAUUAGCUUAUGUCCAAUGAGAAAAAAGAGUUACAGUUAGCUGUAAGUGAAUUAUUGUUUUGAAAAAGUAUAGUAAAAGUUUAACGAUUCCGAUACACGUACUUAUUCGAUUUCAUACUGAAAUUAAUGUAAAAUCUCUUUUUUGCGAAACUGAUCAAGGUUGUUAAAUCGAGCAUUACUGAAAAUGUGUGCGUGCUUAUGCACAUUUAUUGUAAAUUUAGAUUGCUGGUUCUGGAGUUUAAUUUUGGAGGAAUUAUGAUAAAGACACUUGCGCGCACCAGUCCCGAUAUGAAAAGAAUCUUUUUGUCUUACACACGAUACACGCACAUGCACACAUACAUACACAUAAACGUACAGUUAUCAGUCAAACUUAAACCAACCCAAAAUGAUAUGAGUCUAAAUACAUUAAUGCUGCGUUCUUUUUGCUAAGUAAAAAGACAUAUUUGAUCAAUGAAUUGGAUUGGAAGUUCUAGGAAAUGAUUAUAUUCAAAGAUUUAAAGAAUAACAAUAAUGCUGUCUGUGUAGUUGAACGCUAGGCGCAAAAAGUCUGUGUAUAAGCUGAAACGUGCUUAAGUUCCGCUGUUAGCCGUUUUCAUUGUUAAAAAUUUUGGAAAUUAGUACUUCAGAAAUGCUGACAAGUAAAGCGUAGUAAGAAGGUAGGAUGACAGUCGAAAUAUUGUUUAGUAAGUAAUUCUUACUCAAAGCAAAGAAUAAUCAGUAAAUAACAUUGAUCGCGUUUAAUAUAUUGUAUGUUAUAUGUAUCAAAUAGAUAUAUCUGCUUGUGGGUUUUGAAUAACACGUCGAGAUUCUAUACCUUCAGUCCAGUCAAAAUCAAGAAAUUUUUGAUAAAUUAUCAUUUUUUUGCAGGAUUACUGCUUUGUCCAAGUUGACGAAUAGAGGAGAGUCACUAGAUUCACAAGGCAAAACAUGUAAAAACGUAUAAUUUCACUAACUUCACAGUUAAUUCGAAACAAGCACAGGAUACAAUUUUACAUGGUCAUAGAUACUAUAUCAUGUAAAUACACAAGAAAAUACGGCAUGCUUCGAUUUACGUCAUGCAUAACUUCAAUUUUCUCCAAUGUCGUUCUCAUUUGACUGGCCCGGGAUAGUUUCUUCAAACGUACAGUUUUCUCAUAAUAAUCAGGUUCAAAGCUAACUGACUAACUAAAAACUAACUAAUUUCAGUUCAUUUGGGUUUGAAACUACACAGAAAGAAAUAACGAAAUUUACACGACAUGUAUAUCAAUAGUAACAAGGAAUAGAUAUGGGUUGAAUCGAAAAUUUGAUUGAAAACCAUAAUCGAUGCAAACCUAAUUUAAUUGCAUUGAAUUUCCAAUGAAUAAAACUGUAUCUUUCAAUUAAUGCUUAGUUUUGCGAUUAAAUUAUAUUGAAACGGACAGAAAUGUAAAGUAACUUUAUGUUUUCUUACCUGCUCAUAAUACGUGCAUGAAAAUAGAUGUAAAUAAACUGAAUAUUUUUAUCUGUGUAGGUGGACUCAAACAAACGAUUUGACAGUAAUCUAGAGUUGAAUAUAGAUUACACAGAAAAAUACUUUGUUGGCUCAAAUCGUUUAUUAAAUUAAACAUAAAAUAAUUCGACAGGGCUCUUAUUUUCAAUCUAUGUCGAAAGUAAGCGUCGAUUUAAAAUUACUGUCUCAAACAUGUAAAAACCAAUGCAUUAUAAUGUAGUAUUACAUCGGUGAUGAUUUCCAAUCAGUUUUUCUGUUCAAGUCGUUUUUGUGUAAAUUUCAUUGUUUAUUUUGCAGUGGCAUCAUGUAAAAACGACAUACGAGUGAAGAAAACUUCAUUGAGCGAUGAACUUCUUCAAAUUGACUAUCCUACCAACUUUCGGAUGUUGUCCGCAUAAAUUUUAUUGAUUGUUUUAUACUAGCAAACGAUGCGGAAAGAUGGCCCAAAGAUGUAAAUCAUAUUUAGUUUUUUAUCAGUAUUAUUAUUAUUAUUAUUAUUAUUAUUAUUUUCUUUUGUACUCUAGAAAAUUACUAUAGAACAUAAAAAAUUACAUAUACCAACGACAUAAUUGGUUUUUGGUUAUUUUUCGAGAUAAGAUUGAACAAUUACUACCAAAAUUUCAUAGUAAUCAAUUGUCGUGAUGGACUUUUAGUUCCUUUAAAUAUCAGUGAAAAAAAUUGGUAAAUUCUGAGAAAAGCAAGAGGUGCAUAAUGCCUCGGGGUGCGUUUUACGCCAUCUUCCCUAACAUUUAACUUUGCACAAUUGUUUUUUGAACCGCAUAUCGAAAAUUUUUAACGCUUGUAAUAAGAUACAUUAUGUAUUUUUCAAAGAAAGUUGUAAGAAUUGAUAGUUAUGAUUGAUAAUUAUGCAAAAAUUUCACAUGCAUACAGCUGCAUGUGCAGCUAAUCCAUAACCGAAGCAGAAAAAAAGUCGGUGCCGGAAAGCUCAGCUCGGUCGGAUUGGCCUAAUGUGGAGCAACUUUUAAAGACUAUUUUAUUACACUUCUUGAAAUAUGUAUUUGUGGAGAAAAACGCCAGAUUUGCGUAUAAGUUCCAGUAUUCUCUUCACGUUUCAUUGUCAUCCUACCUUAUUGUUAGUUCGGAGUAGUAUAACUCUAGUGUAUAGUCUGGACAGGAGAAAAUCCACCAGUCUGCUAUCAAUAGACAGUCAGAAUGGCAUUCCUUGUUUGUAAUUCCAAAACAAACCUCCCAGUAUACUCGGUUGCGUAAAAUUGUCCCUAUACGAAUAAAUUACCCUGUCCAGACUAUAAACAUCAGUUAGGAAAAAUGCUUGAUUAAAUGUUAAUUACACGUAAUGUUUUCAACAAAAAAACAAGAUUUUAUCUCAUCAGAAUGAUGCACGUUCGAUUGCAACCUAACAAAUACCACAACUGAAACCCACCUGGACAUAGAUCUUUCAGCUAUACAAAACAAAAAUAAACGGAAAAAACAGAUACAGCUCAGAAACACCAUCGAGAAUAUAAAAACAACAGGAGCUAGGAGAUCGAUAUGAAAACGAGUGUGAUGCAAAUUUACCUUUCUAACCUAUAAGCUACUGUAAAAGUAUAUUAACAACCUAUGAAUGGCUUCGCUUCCCAGUACUUGCGAGUAGCUAUGAAAAUAUGCUGAAAAGUAGGCGUCUAAUAAAUAAAUUCGAUCUGGCUCAAAACAUUGAAGCUGAAACAGAGAAUAAUCGAACUUGUGCUGGAAAGUAAAAAUAUUCGAAUGUGCAUAGGAGCUUCGAAAAUCAAUUUCAGCUGACGAGUACAGUAUGGAAAAAGAAUCUGUCAAUAGAAACGAGUAAAUCGCAAUGGAAUCUUAUGAUAAUUACGUGAAGCUUCAUUUGCCUACAUUUAUAGGAGAGCCAUUAACCGAAUCAACAUAGUCUGAUUUAGUGAACGCGAGAAUUGAGAAGACGAAUGAGUUAAACAUACUAAACCAAGCUGUACUAAGCAGAGGAUGUAAAUAAACAUUUGUAUAAAGAUAAAAAAAAAGUUAAACAAAACUAGCUAAACAAACGAAUCAAAGCAGUCACAACCAAUCCCAGCUGACGAUGACACUCAUUGUGUAAAUUGAACAUAAAAAAACUCAUAUAUACUCAAACAUAACUAUAUUUGUAGCGUUGAUAUAGAAACAGAAGGGGGAAAAACAAAAGCUACCUACACUCUUUCAGCAAGUCAUACAAAAUACAACCUAUGUGACGAGAGCAAAACAACAUGGUUUUUAUGAAUAUACAAACCAUGUUGAUCAAAGCAAACGUAAAACUAAAUGGCAUGCAUAUAUUGCAAUAUCACCGAUUUAGUAUAUAUACAACAAACAUAUUUAGAUUUUUUUUUACAAAUAAAAUAACUGCAAAGCAACGCAAAAACGAAACAAAUAGUACUCACUGUAAAUUAUCCAUGACAAAAACUCAUGUUGGUUGUAGUUAUUAUAUUAAUAAUCAAGUGGAAACAAAAUCCUGAAAACUAAUUGAUUUCGCAGAAGAGUACAUUCAAAAAUGUUGUGGUCCAACCUACUCCGAUUCGGAUGAAACUUUGCGCACGUUUUCAGUAUGCCUCAUCAUUUAUUCGUCUUAAAACUGAUUUUUGAAAAGGGUUGGUGUAUUUUUACAUCCACUUUCCUUAAAUCGUUGUAACUUGGAAAGAGUAAAUUGCACGAAAAUUAUGUCCGAACAGGAGGAAGUCGAUAGAACAUUCUGAAAAGAAUUAGAUGCUUUUUGGCGAAUUAGAAAAUUAACCGAAAAAAAUAAAACUAAGGACAAUGUCACUUCAUUUUCUAAAAUUUGGAAUCAAAGAGGAAAACCAGCCCUAAUUACUGGCUUUUUUCGCACUCAGAUGAUGAUGUUGGCAAAUGCAUGUCAUUUCUGCUGUUCAACAAAUCUAUGAUUGGAAUUCAAUCAUUUCUUGCUUUAGACGAAAACGGACCUGCUCACGCAAAAGCUAGUGAUCGCAAAACAACUAAAAUGUUAGUUGUUUUUCUGAAUUUGAUUGGUUUGAAUUUGUUACAACUAAUCGAUUGUUGUUUUAACUAAACUGUCAUUUUUUAUUUAUCUUGCUGGCAGUAUAGCAACUACACGCACCACAAGCAAGUAAUGAAACGUUACAGUUGAGCAAUGACACCCUAAGCGAAAAAUGAAACGUUUCACUGAGGUGUCACUCGUGCAACUGAGCAAUGACAAAAUCUCAGCAAAGUUACCUGUAUGCAUGAAAGCCAAAAAUAUCUCAGUUUUUUUUAAAUAAAUAUUUACUGAAAUAUGAGUUACGCUUAAAUUAAUAAUUAUUAAGCCACAAGUGGUGACUUUUCAGCCCUAUUAUAUACAUGAUUUGGUUAUUACCAUUAAGACAUUAUUUGCUUCCGCUAUUCUGUCAUUUUUGUGUAGGGAACAUUGUAAACCUACUUGUGUGUUGUGUAAUGAGAAAGAGAAAAUGUCUCAGUUGUUUCAACCAAAUAUUCAGUUAUUUGAACUCAAGACGUCUAUUGCAACAUCUAUCACCGCUUGAACAACAAAAUUUUGCCUAAAUAACUGCUUAUAGCUUUAUCACUAAACUCGCAGAUUAUAUAGAAAUGCAACAAUAGAUUAUAAUUCCCAAGAGGAAAUCCACCAGCAAAAUGCUCACAGGGCAUUGAGAAAUUUUUCCACCACUUGCGGAAUGGUUCGCUGGAAGAGCUUAUUCAGCAUAAUUCGACUGGUUCUCCUCAUCAGGGGAAAGUGCGCUUAAAUUGGUUUAAUUGCGAUUGUGACUUACUGGCAGAUCUACUGUGAGCGCCGUUCGCUUCACGUUCACGAGAAAUGCACUCGAACUCAUUUAAUAUGGAGAAAAUUGAACCAUUAUUAUUCUUUUAACAUUCAGAAAUCGAUCCCAAAGAAAUAUUUCACGUUUUUUUUUCAUUAAAACCCUAUUGUCAGUAUUCAUGUGAUUCGCACCAUGAGCAGAUUUGCGCUUUGGAAUUUUGUCUCUUGUUAGUGCCAUCUUAAUGACUGUAAGCGUGUAAUGACGCAGACAAUUUUAGUGCUUUACGUUCGCCAGAUUCCAGCGAGAGAACCAAUAGGAAGACUUUUUUGGUGCACCAUUCGAAGAAAACUAAUCCAGCCUCUGGCGGUUUCUCUUUCGCAAAUAUCCUCGACCUGUUUCUCGUUGGCCGUGAUGAAAAAUAGAAACUAGUUCAAAACAGCAGAAGCAUCACAUUCGUGGCCCGAGUACACGAACUUUUAGCCAUGAAGGAAUUUGAACAAUUCGUUUCUUCUAAGAAUCCCGGUAAAACUAAAGGGUGAUUUUUUGGUAUCUUUUUGGCAACAUUGUUUUUGACAGAUCAUGCGUGAAUCGUGUCUUGUGUCAUUGUUCAGAUUGAUCUAUAAUUUAAUAAUGAAUAAUAGUCUAUAUUUAAAUCAUUAAUGUCUAUAUUUUAAUCACGAAGUUGAAGGAAGAUCAAGUGUGUCAAAAUUUGACUUUGCGCAUGAGACAUCUAAAGCGAGGCCCGGCCAACAUUUGCAUGAUAUUAUCUUCAAAUUUCUCAUUUUUUAGAAAUUUUUUUAAAUUAAAUCUUAUACCUCGUAAAAAUCACCCUUCAAUUGGUAUUUUCUCCAAAUGAAUUAUUGGAGUCAGUCAAUUUUAAUUUAAGCUGCGACCGAACAAGUUCAUCACUCUUUUUUGCCCCGCCUUAUUUGAUUGUGUAUUAGGAUAUGUGUGACAUGAAUAGGCGUACUAGAGUAUAGUUGUUCCGUUACUAUUCUGGUACCAAAAAGUGAAAAUUUUCACAAUUCACUAAUGAGAACGAUUUUCGAAAUUCUGAAGUGUGACGGUAGUGUGUUAAUUUUAUUCGUUUUCACAUCUACCAGUUAUUCAGUUAGCCUCUUGUAUGAUUUACUAAUUCUGGAAUACGCGUUCAACUUUUUAUUCGCCUUUCUCAUCUUCUUCGAAAUCGUUAUUAUGCAAACUAACAGUUUACGAGUUACAAAUACUUGAAACUUUUGUGCAAAAAUACAUUUGCCGUUUUAGAUACAAAAAAAAAAACAUUUUCCAUCUAGAGUCGAAAUGGAAAACAAAUGGUUUGUCACAUUGCAGACGUGUUCGAAGUUUCCUCCAAAUUAGAGCAAAUCGAUCCUUUUCUGUUUGGAAUUUCCCGGAAAUAAAAUUUUGUAAUUACGUGGGUCUCAUUCAAGCUUACCAGAGCAGAACCAUCCUCAACUUUGUGAGCAUGUUAUUUUUUAUGUCCGAAAACAUGAGCUUCUCAUAUACCCGUCCCCAAACUAAUUUUGAUAAUUUACGAAACAAAUUUUUAUUUUCUAUUGUUAUCAUAUCCGCACAUCAUAGAAAAGUGUAGCUCAAUUAAAUAUUUACCUUCACCUUUAUUUGACAUUUGAAGGGCCAAAUUGACUCCACUUGCAUAUUAAUAUAACAACUAUACCACUGACAUGUUACAUUGAAAAAUCAUUUGUCAAGAGCAAAACUGCAAAAACUGAACAAUUGGUUAACAAAAUUCGAAUCACGGAAACUUUCUUUUUUUUUCGUCCUCUAUUUUAUACCGUCUGCCAUAGGUCCUAAUCGAAACAAAUCGAUACGCUGGAAGAGAUUUUUAAAGCAUACUCCAGAUAAAUUCUAAUCGAAACAUACUCCAAUCGAUAUUGUUAUUGAAGAAAAAAACAGUAAGAUGUUACGUUACGAGUUCUCUGUGUAAUGCAUAUUUCCCGAUGUUCGGUUUUCUCCUAUUCGGCUUUGUACGCGAUCUGAGCAAAGUAUUGUUGUUAUUGAUUGAAUUCGGUAGCCUGCGGAAAAUAAAGUAAACAUUUUUAAUGAAAGCCAUUUUGCUUCAAACUUAAGCAGCCAAUCAUUCACAAUUGCCAUGCAUACGGAAUAUUCGAAAGUUUCCAACCUAAAACUGAAUGAACAAAAAAAGAAUUACGAGUAAUCGAUGCGAGAAAGAGUGAUGUGAAUGAAAGCGUUAUAAAGAGAGAAAUGUAAGGAAUAUCGUCACAUACUACACACUAUUAUUACAUGUGAAGUCGAUAAAGCUGACAUACAGAGAAGAAAUCGUUAAGUUUUUCAAUUAUUGAAUCAUUGUAAUUAUUAUACAUAUAUAUAUUGUAAACAAAUUGCCACUGAUAAAGUUUUUACUGAAGCUAGAGAAAAGAGUACGCGAAGAGCUAAAAAAUAAACAAUAUUGAAACUAUUAUCAGUUAACAAAGAAAAGAGCAGAAAUCAGCUAACAAAAGAGAAAAGCGAUAUAAGAAAAAAAAGUAUUACCAAAGCGAAACUGAAA